AUGCAGCAACUUGCAGCAACUUUCUUUUCUUUUGCUAGUGCUUUUCUUAACCUGCUUAAACCCCUUAACUCCGGCGUUCUCUGUAUGGCGUGGCUAUUGCAUCCCCUUGUCUCUUCCGUCGGCCAGCCCAGUGCCUCAGCCAUCAGUCCUCAGAGCACGCCGGCCGGAGCCAUCACAGCCAUCACAGCCAUCACAGCCAUCGCCAGCAUCGCCGUCGUUGCUGCACCAGCAGUACCAGCAGUCAUGCCAUCUCAUCUCGCCAAAAGAAGCGCCGCAGCCUGGUGGUCCGACCAGGAGCGGCCUAGUGCGGGGCACCUGCUUACCUCAGCAGCGUCUCUUCCCCUUCUGGGUUACCGCCCUCGCCCGCUGGCAGAAACCGCACAAGCCCCGCCAUUCUCUUUUCCGCGCGCGAGACGGAAAAAAAUUCUCUUCUUCUUCUUCUUCCUCCUCCUCCUCCUCCUCUCUUCUUCACCAACUCCCGCCCUGGUGUCUUCGCUCAUCACCACCACCCGUCGACUCUCACCUGUUCUGCGAGUCUCUUACCCCUCUACGUUGCUUGAUCAGGUCGAGUUAUUCUCGAUCCUGAUAAAUAUCAAGCCACAAAGCCACCCGCCGCUGACAGAAAAGACACCCCGCCUCGAAGGCAUUUCUCUCCAAAACAACCGCCAAGAUGGUCAAGACACAUUACUAAUGCGAUUUGGCAUGGAACAGCUUCACCAUCGAGGAGGUAUGCAGCUCAUCCCUGAAGACAGGAAGGAAGUAGAGGUCGAUCACGGAAAGUCUACUCUUACCGAUUCUUUGGUCCAGCGUGCUGGUAUCAUUUCGGCCGCCAAAGCUGGAGAAGCUCGUUUCACAGAUACCCGUCAGGACGAGCAAGACAGAUGUAUUACCAUCAAGUCCACUGCCAUCUCUCUUUACGCCAAGCUCGUUGAUGAGGAUGACCUUAAGGAUAUCCCCCAGAAGGUCGAGGGUAACGAGUUCUUGAUUAACUUGAUUGACUCUCCCGGUCACGUCGAUUUCUCCUCCGAAGUCACUGCUGCCCUCCGUGUCACUGACGGUGCCCUCGUCGUCGUUGACUGUGUUUCUGGUGUCUGUGUCCAGACCGAGACCGUCUUGCGACAGGCUCUUUCCGAACGUAUCAAGCCAGUCUGUAUCAUUAACAAGGUCGACCGUGCUCUUCUUGAGCUCCAGGUCUCCAAGGAAGAUCUCUACCAAUCUUUCUCCCGAACCGUCGAGUCCGUCAACGUCAUCAUCUCCACCUAUCUUGACAAGGCCCUCGGUGAUGUCCAGGUCUACCCAGAGAAGGGUACCGUUGCUUUCGGAUCCGGUCUUCACGGAUGGGCUUUCACUAUCCGUCAGUUCGCUGUCAAAUAUGCCAAGAAAUUCGGUGUUGACAGAAAUAAGAUGAUGGACAGACUUUGGGGAGACAACUACUUCAACCCAAAGACCAAGAAGUGGACCAAGAACAGCGAAUAUGAGGGCAAGACACUCGAGCGUUCUUUCAACCAGUUCAUUCUGGACCCCAUCUUCAAGAUCUUCAACGCCAUCACUCACUCCAAGAAAGAGGAGAUCGCCACCCUCGUUGAGAAGCUUGAGAUUAAGCUUUCCUCUGAGGAGCGUGACCUUGAGGGCAAGCCAUUGCUUAAGGUCAUCAUGAGAAAAUUCCUGCCCGCUGCUGACGCUCUUCUUGAGAUGAUGGUCCUCAACCUCCCAUCUCCCGUUACUGCCCAGAAGUACCGUGCCGAAACCUUGUACGAAGGUCCAACUGAUGACGAGGCUUGCAUUGGUGUCCGUGACUGCGACCCCAAGGGUCCUCUUAUGCUUUACGUCUCUAAGAUGGUGCCAACCUCCGAUAAGGGACGUUUCUAUGCUUUCGGUCGUGUCUUCUCUGGUACCGUCCGCUCCGGUCUUAAGGUCCGUAUCCAGGGUCCUAACUACACUCCUGGAAAGAAGGAUGAUCUCUUCAUCAAGGCUAUCCAGCGUACCAUUCUCAUGAUGGGUCGUUUCGUCGAGCCCAUUGAGGAUGUCCCAGCUGGUAACAUUGUUGGUCUCGUUGGUGUCGACCAGUUCUUGCUCAAGUCUGGUACCCUCACCACCAGUGAAACCGCCCACAACUUGAAGGUCAUGAAAUUCUCCGUCUCUCCCGUCGUCCAGCGAUCCGUCGAGGUCAAGAACGCCAACGAUCUGCCCAAGCUUGUCGAAGGUCUCAAGCGUCUCUCCAAGUCUGACCCUUGUGUCUUGACCAUGAUUAACGAGUCUGGCGAGCACGUUGUUGCCGGUGCUGGUGAACUUCAUUUGGAAAUUUGCUUGAAGGAUCUUGAGGAAGAUCACGCUGGUGUUCCUCUCCGCAUCUCUGACCCCGUCGUUGCCUACCGUGAGACCGUCGGCUCCGAGUCCAGCAUGGUUGCCCUGUCCAAGUCUCAGAACAAGCACAACCGUCUCUACGUCACUGCUCAGCCAUUGGGUGAGGAGGUUUCUCUCGCAAUUGAGGCCGGAAAGAUCUCUCCCCGUGACGAUAUCAAGACCCGUGCCCGUCUUCUCGCUGAUGAAUACGAGUGGGAUGUCACUGAUGCCCGUAAGAUCUGGUGUUUCGGUCCAGACACCUCUGGUGCCAACGUCCUCGUUGACCAGACCAAGGCCGUCCAGUACCUCAACGAAAUCAAGGAUUCUUUCGUCUCUGGUUUCCAGUGGGCUACUCGUGAAGGUCCAGUUGCUGAAGAGCCAAUGAGAGCUAUUCGCUUCAACAUCCAGGAUGUCACCCUUCACCCCGAUGCUAUCCACCGUGGUGGCGGUCAGAUCAUUGGUACUGCCCGUCGUGUCUUGUUGGCUGCUACCCUCUUGGCUGACCCCGGUAUCCUCGAACCCGUCUUCUUGGUCGAAAUCCAAGUCCCAGAGCAGGCCAUGGGUGGUAUCUAUGGUGUUCUCACUCGACGACGUGGUCACGUCUUCGCCGAAGAGCAGCGUCCCGGUACUCCUCUCUUCACCAUCAAGGCUUACCUCCCUGUCAACGAGUCCUUCGGUUUCCCUGCCGAUCUCCGCUCCGCCACCGGUGGUCAGGCUUUCCCCCAGUCCGUCUUCGACCAUUGGCAGCUCCUCCCCGGUGGCUCUGCCCUCGACCCAACCACCAAGCCUGGUCAAAUCGUCACCGAAAUGCGAAAGCGCAAGGGUAUCAAGGAGACCGUUCCAGACUACACCAACAGUGCUCUUGUGUAUUUAAAACACAAUGCCGAGAAGCCUAUGUGA